AUGACCUUGGACACCCUCCUCCUCCUGCUAUUAGCCGCCCUGCUAUCUCUCUUCUUCCUAAGGAGGAGAAGGAGGAGGAAUCUACCCCCAGGUCCAGCCUAUUGGCCUUUGCUAGGAAACAUAUCGAUCAACAAGACCCAAAAAAUCCACACCACCCUGAACGACUUGGAGGCCAAAUACGGACCUAUCUUCACACUAAGAAGAGGCAAAAAGCCCUUCAUUGUCCUUACAAGCAUAGAGCUGAUCCGAGAAGCAGUGGUGGAAAAAGGCCAGAUCCUUUGCAGCAGACCUCACUCCUCCGGCCAGACCACAAUUGGCUCCACUCCUUACGACCCCCUGUGGCGAGCCCUGCGCAAAAACUUGGCCACGGAGAUGCUGAAUCCCGCUCGACUCAACCCCCUCCGAAGCUUCCGAUGGCGGGCCAUGCAAGCCUUGAUCGACCGCCUCACCACAGAGGCGGCGCAAAACGGUGGCGCUAUGUACUCCAUCGAAGAGAACAUCAGAGUCACAGUUUUCAGCAUCUUGCUCUACAUGUGCUUCAGCUUCGAGAUGGACAUCGAUUACGUACGUGAAUUCCAAAGCACCGUGGUUGAACUGCUCCACAAAGCCAAAAUUCUAAGCACAUAUUACGACCCUUUUCCGCUCAGAAAGUUCCUCCAGCCUGGAAAGGCCAGAGAAAUAAAGCACGUCCUUUCCCGUGGCAGCGAGCUGGUGGUGUCUCUCGUGCAUAGGCGGCGGUAG